AUGGAAACGAAGUUGUGCCGAAUUUGUGGAAAACUCGGACAAAACUUUGUACAUAUUUUCAAAACGGAAGGAUUGAGGAGCAAAAUCGAGACAUGUCUGCCGAUAAUUGUGACUCCUUAUUGCCUUCUUCCCGAUACAAUAUGUGGAGAAUGUACGGAAAAUGUAGACAAUUUCUACAUGUUCAUAAAAAACUGUUUACAGAAUAUCAUCAUAUUAGAAGCCCAAUACGACAUUCAAGAGUCAUGCUUGAAAUCCAAACAAAAAAAGGACAAAGGUUGUUACGUGGAUUUUCAACACAAAAAAAUCAAUAAAGGAAAUCAAACCGAGGAUUAUUUGGAUGUUAUUAGCGGAAAAAAAUUCGAUUUCGAUAAUUUGAGGAAGAGUUUUCCUCUCUGCGUAAACUUUUUGGACAAUCAGGAUGAUUUUAUAAGAAAAAAUAUUAAUAAGUUAGUUGAUUAUGAUGUGGAUUCCGAUUCGAGCUUAGAAGAACAUUUUCAAAACGAAGGGCGAGUAAUUUUAAAUGAAAAUUUUGAACCUGAUUUGCAAACGACACGUUUAUUAAACAUUUUUGCUACCAAAAACGACCUACCUAUCAAAACUCAGUACUUCGACGACUCCGAAAAAAAUUUGAUAAGCGAAAUUUCCCAAAGAAAAAAACUGAAAAGAAAAAACGAUUUUAUCGAAACUUCCAAGCCAAAAAUUUAUAAAGUUGAUACAUCGAACAGGAGGAAAAAUAAAGUACCAAAGAAAUUAGAUACUCAAGAAGUUGGCGAAGAAAGCAAUGUCGAUUUUGGAAAUUUUGAGAACAAAAUUGAAUGUGAAACGCAAAAUAGAGAGACUGAAACCACGUUGCAUAAUUUUAAUAACCAAAAUGAGAAGCUGCUACUGUCCUUGCCCCAAAGCUGUUUGUUAUGUGAUACUCAUUUUUCUGGUCCUUCCGCCCUAGCCACUCAUGUAUUCGAAGUCCAUGGCAUCGACAUGGCCGAAGUUGUCUCUUCUGGUUCAGGUGAAUCCUUUCCGGAGAAGAGUAAGAAAAAGUUACCGAACCUAGUGAAAAUUUCCGAUCUCAAAAAGACUGAUUCCUUAGAUGAUAAUCAUUAUGAUAGACAACUAGAAACUCAAUCCACAAAACAUUCUGAUCUUUGUUGCCCCAACUGUAGCAGCAUUUUUACUAGCAAACAAGAUCUAAUGAUGCACCUUAAGCUAAAACAUGCACAAUUAGCGGGUUUCGUGUGUGGCAUUUGUCUUCAUCAAUGUUCUUCCUUGAUGAAUCUCAAAUCUCAUUUGGAGACUUGUACGCAGCAGAAUCCAAUUAAUAACAAAUACGUUUGUCAAGUGUGCCAAUACGGAGAUGAAAAUUUUAAGUGGUUAGAAAACCACGUCUUGGUUCACGAGUUCUUGCAGGAAGCUUGUAAGAAGCGGAUGAAGAUGUUUGAUCCAGAAGAUUACAUUGAUAUUAAUGAAAAUACUUGUUACAAAGGUUUAAGUUGCACCGAAUGCGGACUGGAUGAGUUUUUCUCUUUCAAAGAAUUCAGCGCUCACCGAAGAAACAACCAUAAUAUCUUCCAUUGCGAUCUUUGCAACAAGUUCUACGGUCGAAACUCACAUCUUUGGAAACACGUCAAUAGGUUGCACAAGGGACAUCCGAGUAUAACUUGUCAAAUGUGUUACAAAACAUCGGCUUCCAAGUAUCAUCUGUCACAGCAUUUUAAUAAGAUCCAUUUAGCCAAAAGCAGUAAAAAAUCUAAUCAUAUAGGAUUAAUCGAAAAAGAAAACAAAGAGGAAUCUACCAACAAAUUUUCCGCUUUUGACUUCCUAUCGAUCAGAGAAAACUUCUUAAAACAAGAGCUAGUAGAAAAUAGCGAACAAGACGAUAAUUCAAAUCAACAUUCGGACGGAGACGAAGAUAUGAUUAUUAAAGAGGAAUUUGACGAUGAUUCGAAUAUGAAGGAGGAACAUCCUUUAGCACCGAAGGAAAUAGAUUCUUCUCACGACAUGUACAAUAACAUAAUAACUAAUUACACCCCACCCAUAAACGAGGGUGAUUUUAAAUGUCCUAAAUGUUCCAAAGGUUUUAAUAAAAAGCUCCUACUCAAGAAACACAAGAAAAAUUGCAGGCCGAGAAUGCAAAAAGAUUUGCUGACGCGGUGCAAAACUUGUUCGAGAGUUUUUAAAGAUAGGCAGAGUUUAGCCAAACAUUUAAUCAACUAUCAUUCAGAAUACAGCUGCGAAAUUUGUUUAGAAAAAGUCCAAAGCAAAUGCGAGAUCGUCUCUCAUAUCAGAUUUCGCCAUCCAGGUUGUCCUCUUUUCUGUAGGAUAUGCAAAAAUAUAUUGAGAUGUAAGAGCGACAUGCAGGAACAUGUGAGGAAUCAUUUUGAUUCUCACGUUUGCCAAUUUUGCGGUGAUUCUUUACCGAGCAAAAUCAAACUUAAAAUGCACAUACUGAGUUUGCAUCGUAAAAUCUUGAGCUUAUCUUGCGGCAUUUGCCUCAAACUGUUUGAGAAUCAAUACGUGCUUAGAGAUCACGUCAAAUUGGUGCAUAAGGAUCAACUGACCCCUCACACUUCUUGCUCCGUUUGCGGGAAAAAUUACGGCUCAAAAUGGAAAACUUACGAUCAUAUCAAUAAAUCGCAUGGAAGGAUAUUCAGGGCUUGCAAGACUUGUUUGGAGAUCUUCGAUAAUGAUGCUCAACUUCAAGCACAUUGCGAUGUUACCGCUCAUGGCGGCCAAAUCGGUAACAACGCUAAUGCUGCUGCACUCAGAAACAGUAUUAUGGCCCAUAUAAAGUCAGCAUUAAUCGUCAAUCAUGAAGAAGAUAGCAUCACCGAUGAAGACGGAAAUAGCGAAAGCGAAUUCGAUAAUGAAUCAGCGCCUUAUGAAGAGGACAGAAAAUUUUUCUUUCCUAUUCAAGAUGACGCGAAAAUAUCACUAUUAGAAAAACGUCUCAUAGGCAAGACUUUAGCUGAUGAAGAGAUUAACAUUAAACCGAAACUUCCUGUUACAAAAAAAUCUAAAUCGUUAUCAUCAUCCAAGAGCAAGCAAUCUAUCACUAUUAAAAAAGAAGAUCCUGAUAACACUCAAGCGAAUUGCUCCAAACGAACCGUUUACGUGAACAGUAACGAUCCGUCAUACUGUGAAAUUUGUUACAAAACUUGGCCAGCUAAAAAACAUUUAUGGCAGCACUAUAUCCGUUGCCAUAAGUCUAUCGCAGCAACUGUGUGCGGAAUAUGUCUGAAGACGAAUACGGACUAUGAAUCGUUGCAGCAACAUCUAAGAGACAAUCAUCCGAAACUGUUGCACGGUCAAGGGUUUGGUUCGAAUUUCAUUUGCAAGAUUUGCGGCAGAUACCAUAACGCUAGCUCCAAAUUGAGAUUACACAUGGUCAUUCAUGAUAAUUUCGAUUGGAAGUUGAUAGAGGCUGCUGAUAAAGAUAUCAAACCUGCUAAUGGCUUCAAAGUUAAGGAAGAGCCUCAUUUUGAAGAUAACAUUAAUUAUGAUAGUUUGAUAGAGCAAGUGGAAUGUUCUUCGGAAACUGAUAAUGAUGAAUAUGAUGACAAUGAGCCGCAAGUCAAGCAACAGGAUUCUUCGAGCUCGGAGGAAGAUGGUAGAGUUGGGAGUGAAGAUGAUUCUGCAUUAAGCUGGAAUCAAAAGGAAGCAAACCCACAAAUACAGCAAUCCCAAGAUGCUCCACAACAACACCAAUAUUCAUCAUCCAGCGAAGACUCAACUUCGAGUUAUUGCAGAAGCAAAUGCAGUUCCUCUGACGACGAUUGCUCUCAAGAGUCUAGAUCCGUAUCGUCACAGUUCCAGAACAAGUUCGCCAUCAAAACUGAACCGUUUCAUCCAAUAUCGAAUUUGGAAAGUGUUGAUGAUGAUGAUGAUGUUCUGAACGCCACCAACAAUGCGAACAUGUUCGAUAGGAAGCCUGAAGAGCUCGAUUCGGCGAUCAAAUCUAUAAGUUAUGAUGACUGCAUUGAAACAGUAGAUCUCAACGUGGUCGACGAUUAUUGCGACAUUCAGAAUAAUUGUUUGAACGAGAACGAAAUUGAAUCGGCAGUUGGUAGCAUACUUUAA